CGGAUAUUAUGGCCAAAUUACGGUCUUGGUCUCACGGCCUUGGCAGGGCACCCAGCGUUCAAUGCGGCCCUCAACUUGUCCAGGAACAGCCUGCUUUCAUCCGAUCCUCUCCUCCUCUCCCCCUCCCCCUCCCCCUCCCCCUCCUCAGCUUUGCGUACUACAUUGACCUGGCCCUUUAAUGAGCCGCCCUCCCUCGCCUCGACACGGAUCAAUCACCCGCGUCCAUUCCUUGGCGUGGAUCCUCGAUUGUUCGAUUGCCUCUCUCUCGUUACAUCGGCCAUUGUCAGCCUGGUUUUCGCUCACAUGGCCACCCGUCGUCAAUGAAAAGCAAUAAAUUGGACCUUCAGAUUCCCCCGGAAUGUCCCACCGGCGUCCAGACCUCGCCUCGAACCCCGCCAACGCUCAACGCCAUCUCAGCGAAUGUGUGUACGGAUUGUACGAAGUCUUACGAAGCGCGUCUGGAGUCUGUGCAAGCUCCAAGCUCCCGCCUCCAACAACUGCAGGGCAACAGGGGAUGCCCCAGAUGUUUGGACUGCGCUCCUCCUCUAGCACAAUGCCCACUCGGGUCAUCUCAAGCUGAAAGGUUCGGCCGCCCGAAACGUGACUCCUCUGCUGCAUCCUCAGCUCUGGGACGCCCGCAUUUUGCAUCUUCUCUUGGUUUUCAACCCAAUUUGGGCUUUCUUUCUUUAGGCAUUGCACAAGAUCGGGGGCGCAGCACGUUACACAGCCUAUCCAUGUCGGUUCCCGUCACUUACACUCAGCUUCGUAGCACUUUGUCCACAGCAUUGAACCGUGAUCAGCAUCGCUAAGGUAGCCACGUCGAUGGCCCACUUUCUAAUAAUUGCCCCCUUCCUUGCAACGGGCUAGACCCAUUCGACACGGAGGCUGGUGCCGUGCCCUGC